AUGGGGAGGAGACGACGCACAGCCAUGAAUUCCAUACGAAUUCGUCGCCUGCUGAAAAUUCGACGGCUGAUAAUAUACCUGCUGAUAAUUCCCCCUGCUAAUUUCCAUUUGUCGCCUGUGCUGAAUAUUAUCGGACACGUUGGUCACACGCACAGCGAGGCAGGCGUUCAUCGUUCAGCGGCGCCGAUUGGUCACACUUAUUUCUCGCAUACCUCACCGCACAGUCAACAUCCGCUAAAGUGGCCCAAUAGCUGUUACAAGUCGCAUCAGCGCUGCUGUCGCCAUCAGUUGAAUGUCGCCUUUCAGGACAUAAAAGGAUUCGAGUUCAUUAUUCACCCAAAGACUUUUGAUGCCGGCUAUUGCCGCGGUCGCUGUCCGCCCCGCCACAAUCCCGCCCACCACCACGCCCUGUUGCAGAGUCUGAUGUGGCAACAGGAUCACAAUAGCGUGCCUCGACCCUGCUGUGCCCCCUCCAAGCUGACGGAGCUGGAGAUUCUGCAUUUCGAUGAGGAGCACACGGACAAACUCAAGAUAUCCACGUGGAGCGAUAUGCAGGUCGUCGAAUGCGCCUGCUCCUGAAAUCAAUCAGUCAAUCAAUCAAUCUGAGGCUGAGAGACAAAAAUAUAAUAUAUUAUAUAUAUUUAUAAAUACGGAAUGCGCUUGCAGCUGAAAUUAAUCAAAAUAGUCAAUCAGAGGCUGAGACAGGCAAUUAAAUGUAAAUAUAUAUAUAUAUAUAUAUAUAUAUAUAUGUAUAAUAUUUUAUUUAUUAUUAUUAAAUGCGCUUGCUCUUGAAAUUAAUCAGUCAACCACUCAAUCAAUCAAUCAAUGGCUUCGUGAGGCAAUUAAAUAUAUAUCUAGUUAUAUUAUUAUUGCAUGAAUAAAUCCUAAAUGACCGUGAGUCAAAAUUCCAAUUUAUUUGCACUUAAAUUAAGUAAAGUUAUCAAAUGAAUGUUCAGUCAAAUAUAUUCUAUAUACUAUAUUCUCCUUAAUUUGUGUAACACUAAAAAACAUAAGCCUCCCAAAACUUUAAUCUGAUUUAAAGAAUCGUUCGCUUAAAAAUACUGCUUCAAUUAUCGUUUUGUUUCCUCUUUUUAGUGAUUAGAAACAGAAACUUGAAUAAAA